AUGGAGCUCCCUUGGAAACGCUUAAUCCGCUUCGAAGCCACUGACGGCCGGAUCCUCCGCGGUGAACCCCUCGUGGAGGACAGCGUCGACCUCGGCUUCGUGACAGCAGCCGACCAGGUCCAGGCGCGCGUCAUCUCCGGCGACGAUAUCUACGACACAACCGGCAAGACGACCGUCACGGAUGAAGUGGUGACUGUGAAGACGAUUCUGGGCCCGCUGGCGCAGCAUGAGGUGCCGAUUGUUCGCUGUGUGGGGCUGAAUUAUAUGAACCAUAUCAAAGAAGCAGGACGCACGCCUCCCCCGUUCCCGUCUAUCUUUUUCAAGCCCAACACUACGGUUCAUGAUCAUGGCGCUCCUGUUGAGAUCCCUUCCAUCGCGCAGGACGAGCAGGCGGACUAUGAAGGAGAACUGUGCAUCGUAAUCGGCAAAGACGCCAAAAACGUCCCCCGCGAUCAAGCCCUCUCCUACAUCGGCGCCUACACCGUCGGCAACGACAUCUCGUCGCGCAAACUGCAGCGCGACCCCGCGCUGGCAGGCCGCGUGCCGCAGUGGUGUUUCUCCAAGGGCUUCGACACGUAUGGGCCGCUGGGCCCCUGUCUAGUUGCUGGGUCGCAGGUUGCCGAUCCGGCGGCGCUGCAUCUGCGCACGGUGGUCGAUGGCGAGGUGCGCCAGGAUGAACAUGUCGCGGAUAUGCUGUUUGAUUGUGCGUAUAUUGUGUCGUAUUUGUCGCAGGGGACGACGUUGCAGAAGGGGAGUGUUAUUAUGACGGGGACGCCGUCUGGGGUUGGGUUUGGAUUGAAACCUCCGAAAUAUCUGACGCCUGGGACGCAGAUGGAUGUGAGUGUGACGGGGAUUGGGACGCUGAGGAAUAGUGUGGUUUUUGCUUGA